UUUCAUCUUAUCCUUACUAUAGUAUAUUAAAUCUUAUUUUAUUUCCUUCAAACACCCAUUCUAGGUAAGAAAGAAGCAUUUUUUGCAGACGGUCCUAAGAUGCAAAUUUUCGUCAAAACCCUUACCGGUAAGACUAUUACCCUUGAGGUAGAGUCUUCCGACACUAUUGACAAUGUCAAGCAAAAGAUCCAAGACAAGGAAGGUAUUCCACCUGACCAGCAAAGAUUGAUUUUUGCUGGUAAGCAAUUGGAAGAUGGUAGAACUUUAUCCGACUACAACAUCCAAAAGGAAUCCACUUUGCACUUGGUCUUGAGAUUGAGAGGUGGUGGUAAGAAGAGAAAGAAGAAGGUUUACACCACCCCAAAGAAGAUCAAGCACAAGCACAAGUCUGUCAAGUUAGCUGUCUUGCACUAUUACCAAGUUGAUGGUGAUGGAAAGGUCACUAAGUUGAGAAACGAAUGUCCAAAGUGUGGUCCAGGUAUCUUCAUGGCAAACAUGGAGAACAGACAAUACUGUGGUAAGUGUCACACUACUUUGAAGUUAAAAUAAGUAAUAUAUAAUUAGUUAGGUGAUUAUAUCAAUGUUUUUAUUUUAAUUGAAAAGUAUUUUUUUCUUCAGAGUUGGAACCAGCG